UGGACCAAAACAUGUCGGAAAUAAUUGAGCCCAGUUUUGUUAAAAUUGCAGAAAAUCUGGAAGGUGCAGAAGGUCCUGUGUUUGACAAACAUGGAAGCUUUUACAUGGUUGCACCACUAGGAAGAGAUAACAGCGAGAAAAAGCCUGAAGGUGAUGUUUUGAAAGUGGACGUAGAAAGUGGAAAGGUAGAUAUUCUGUGUUCACCACAAGAUGGAGACAGAGGAGGGAUCCCUGCCGGCUGUCAGUGUGACCUUGACAACAACAUCUGGAUAGCUGAUAUGGCACUUGGUAUACUCAGGAUGGAUACAUCAGGAAAAUACCAACAGAUGUUUAAAGAGGACAGUUCAGGACGUACAAUGCAAGGUUGUAACGACUGUGCAUUUGACUAUGAUGGUAAUUUAUGGGUCACUGCUCCGGCUGGGGAUAUAGCACCUGCAGAGCUUAAACGGUCAUUUGAGGAACCAUUUGGAUCAGUAUACUGCCUUACCAAAGAUCAGAAGCUUGUAAGAAUAGAAGGUAACUUAAGAUUUCCCAAUGGUAUAGCUGUUCUUCAUACAGAUGAUGGUAAGCCAAGCAAACUGAUUGUGGCAGAAACCCCUACUAAACUUCUGUGGCAGUAUGAUAUAAAAGGUCCUGGUGAAGUAGGGGAGAGAAGUAUCUGGGGAAAAUUGCCAGGUGACCAUGAAGGAGGGCCAGAUGGUAUGGAUUUUGAUGAACACAACAACCUAAUUGUGGCGAACUGGGGUGGUGGCCAUCUUGAAGUAUUUUGCUCAACUGGAGGUGAUCCUGUGACAAGGAUCAAAUGUCCUUUUAAUAAACCUAGUAACGUUCAUUUCAAGCCAGGUUCCAAUACUGUGUUUGUGACAGAGCACCAAUUUAACGGGGUGUGGAAGUUUGAGUGGAAACACAAAGGCAAGAAACAAUACUGUGAAACCAAAUAAUGACUACCGUAUUACUAUUUACAUGAUUAUUAUCUUAUUUAGAGUAGGUUGUAGAUUUUCUUAUAAUAUCAAAAUAAGACUGUGAUUUUACUGUGAUUCAUUGUGUUCAUUCUGAAAUGGUGCUAUUUAAUUAAUAUUUCGUUAUAUGCUUUUCAUUUCUGUGUAAUUUUAAUCACUAUAUCACAUAAUUAUAUGAGGGUUGCUCCAAAUGUCACUGCAACCAUAAAAAUAUGUAUAUUGUAAAAGAAAAACAAUAAUUCUAACAAAAAUACCUUUAUGUACUUUACAGUAUUUCCCCAAAAUUUUAUCAAAUUGUAUUGCAUACUUUUGGAGACAUCAAUAUUAAGUGGAAAUCAUGUCAAUGGCAAAUCCCGCAUUACACAGAUGUUACUUAUGACAGAAAUAAGAAAAACAUGUCACAAAGCAGUAACAUGACAUUGUGUUUACGCCAUGUUCCAUAUGUAAUUGGGCAUUGUCUUUUGAUUUGUUUUUUACAUUUAUAAAAAAAUAUUUUACCAUGUGGCAAAAUGGUGUCAGUGGUAUACUUUAUAUUUCUAUGUACAUUUUAGUUAAAACAACCCCAUGUAAAGUAUGUCUUGAGGAUUUUUAUCAUAAUACAAAUUUAAAAUAAAAAAAAAUGUUCUGUGGAGGCAGUGACGUUGCUUCUUGAUCAACCCUUGUAUAUCUUCUAUAAAACACCUGUGUAAAUUAAGAUAUUCAAAAUUGAUCAAGAGGACUUAAUUCAGUGAAUCUAUGUGAAGCAUACCUCUACACACAAAUUUGCUAGUGGGAUCUUAUUAUGCUUUGGUAGUAAUCUGUAUAUUUUUGGUGUUGGAUUUGUAAGAUGAAUUUUAUUGAGUUGACCUUGAUUUCUUUGACCUACUUGUUUAGGUUUGACCUUUUAAGGUCAUUUUUAGUUUGACUAUACGAAGUAUAUGGAGAGCUAUCCUACUCAACCCAGCGUCGGCAUCCUUCCGCGUCCCCACCUUGGUUAGUUUUUUUUACACUUUCUCUUUUUUCUCCUUAUCUCUGUAAUUACUUGAUGGAUUUGUUUCAAUGAAUUAUCCCCCACUUUUACUUAGAAUUUCAGGUUAAAGUUUUGAUGCACUUUCACCGUAUCUCAGUUAUUACUAAAUGGGUUUGAUUCAAACUUAAAAUAGUUGUUUAACGUCAUCACUCACAUCAUAUGACAUAAGAGCCAUAACUCUUGCACCAAUAUUUGAUGAAUUAUCUCCCCUUUUUACUUAGAGUUUCAGGUUAAAGUUUUGGUGCACUUUCACUCUCAGUUAUUACUAAAUGGAUUUGAUUGAAACUUAAAAUAGUUGUUCCACCUUAUCAUCCACAUCAUAUGACGCAAGGUGCACAAGUCUGGCACCAUUUUUCAUGAAUUAUGCCCCCUUUUACUUAGAAUUUAAAGUUAAUUUUGAUGCAUUUUCACUAUAUCUUAGUAAUUACUAAAUGGAUUUGAUUCAGAUUUAAAGUAGUUGUUCCACAUCAUAACCCACAAGGUGUAUAAGUCUUGCACUAAUAUUUUAUGAAUUAUGUCCCCUUUUUGCUUGGAAUUAUACUUUAUUUAGUGUUUUGAUACACUUUAUCUUUAUCUCUCUUAUAACUUAAUAUUUUUGACACAGACUCAAGCUGUUGUGCAAUAUCUUCAUCCACCAUUGGAAUCAUUAGACAAUUCAGUGACAGCUCCAGCUUCCUCAGAUGUGCCCAGUUUCGCUAUCCAGCUUCGAAAUAGUCAAGCCCACUGUCUCCUGUGACAGCUCAUUUUAUCUCACCAGUCAUAUAGUGACAAGGUGAGUUUUUUUGAUCACCCUUCGUCCGUCAUCGUCUGUCCACAAUUCCUUUUUUGAACACGACAGAGACCACAUUUUGCAGUCGAUUUUAAUCAGACUUGCACACAACUUGUAUUGGCAUAAUAUCUCAGUUCCUUUCGAAAACUGGCCAGGUCCCAUCAUGGGUUCCAGAGUUAUGGCCCUUUAAAGGGCCAAAAUUUACUAUUUUGGCUUGUGAACACGAUAGAGAACACAUUUUGCUAUCAGUUUUAAUUAAACUUGCACACAACUUGUAGUGGCAUAAUAUCUCGGUUCCUUUGGAAAACAGGCCAGAUCCCAUCAUGGGUUCCAGAGUUAUGGCCCCAUAAAUGCCAAAAUUUGCUAUUUUUGGCUUUUGCAGCCAUAAUGGUUUGAUUUGUAGAAACUUGCAAAAUAUCUUUAACAACAAUAGAUCUUGGAUUCCAUGAUGAAUCUGUCAGAUCCAAUCAUAGGUUCCUUAGUUACGGCCCCAGAUUGAGCCCUGAAAGAGCCAAAAUUUGUUUACUUUUACCUUGUGAACACGAUAGAGAUUAUGGGUUCUAGAGUUACUGCCCCUGAAAGGGACAAAAUCUUCAAUUUUGGCCCUUUCACCCAUAUAGACAGGUAUCAUUUAUGCUUUGAUUUGAUACAAAGUUACACAGAAUGUUUAUCUUGAUGAUCUUUAGGCCAUAUUUUAUGACCCUAUCUUCAUGGAAUUUGGUAAGAAUGUCUAUCUUGAUGAUUCCUAGGCCAAGUUCGAAACUGGGUCAUGUGGAGUCAAAAACUAGGUCACCACUCAAAUCAAAGAAAAAGCUUGUUAACACUGUAGAGGCCAUAUUUAUGACCCUACCUUCAUUUAACUUGGUCAGAAUGUUUAUCUUGAUUUCAGGGCCAAGUUUAACAGGUGAGUGAUGCAGGGUCAUCAUGACCCUCUUGUUGUACUUUACUCAUCAUUUAUUCAUUUAGACAUCACUAUUCAUACUUAUAUUCCAUUUCUGAACAAGCAGGGCUUGUUCUAAUAUUUUUAGCUCACCUGUCACAUAUUGACAAGGUGAGCUUUUGUGAUCACGCAGCGUCCGUCGUCCGUGCGUUCGUCCGUCCGUCCGUAAACUUUUGCUUGUGACCACUCUAGAGGUCACAUUUUUUGUGGGAUCUUUAUGAAAGUUGGUCAGAAUGUUCAUCUUGAUGAUAUCUAGGUCAAGUUCGAAACUGGGUCACGUGCCUUCAAAAACUAGGUCAGUAGGUCUAAAAAUAGAAAAACCUUGUGACCUCUCUAGAGGCCAUAUAUUUCACAAGAUCUUCAUGAAAAUUGGUCAGAAUGUUCAUCUUGAUGAUAUCUAGGUCAAGUUCGAAACUGGGUCACGUGCCUUCAAAAACUAGGUCAGUAGGUCUAAAAAUAGAAAAACCUUGUGACCUCUCUAGAGGCCAUAUAUUUCACAAGAUCUACAUGAAAAUUAUUCAGAACGUUCACCUUGGUGAUAUCUAGGUCAAGUUCGAAACUGGGUCACGUGCUAUCAAAAACUAGGUCAGUAGGUCAAAUAUUAGAAAAACCUUGUGACCUCUCUAGAGGCCAUAUUUUUCAUGGGAUCUGUAUGAAAGUCGGUCUGAAUGUUCGUCUUGAUGAUAUCUAGGUCAAGUUCGAAACUGGGUCAUGUGCCUUCAAAAACUAGGUCAGUAGGUCUAAAAAUAGAAUAACUUUGUGACCUCUUUAGAGGCCAUAUAUUUCAUGAGAUCUUCAUGAAAAUUGGUCAGAAUGUUCACCUUGAUGAUAUCUAGGUCAAGUUCGCAAUUGGGUCACGUGCCAUCAAAAUCUAGGUCAGUAGGUCAAAUAAUAGAAAAACCUUGUGACCUCUCUAGAGGCCAUAUUUUUCAUGGGAUCUGUAUGAAAGUUGGUCUGAAUGUUCAUCUUGAUGAUAUCUAGGUCAAGUUCGAAAGUGGGUCAUGUGCCGUCAAAAACUAGGUCAAUAGGUCAAAUAAUAGAAAAACCUUGUGACCUCUCUAAAGGCCAUAUUUUUCAUGGGAUCUGUAUGAAAGUUGGUCUGAAUGUUUAUCUUGAUGAUAUCUAGGUCAAAUUCGAAACAGGGUCAUGUGCGGUCAAAAACUAGGUCAGUAGAUCCAAAAAUAGAAAAACCUUGUGACUUCUCUAGAGGCCAUACUUUUUAAUGGAUCUUCAUAAAAAUUGGUCAGAAUGUUCAUCUUGAUGAUAUCUAGGUCAAGUUCGAAAGUGGGUCACGUACCAUCAUAAAUUAGGUCAGUAGGUCAAAUAAUGAAAAAACAUUGUGACCACUCUAGAGGCCAUAUUUUUCAUGGGAUCUGUAUAAAAGUUGGUCUGAAUGUUUAUCUUGAUGAUAUAUAGGUCAAGUUUGAACUGGGUCAACUGCGAUCAAAAACUAGGUCAGUAGGUCUUGAAAUAGAAAAACCUUGUGACCUCUCUAGAGGCCAUACCCUUGAAUGGAUCUUCAUGAAAAUUGGUCAGAAUGUUAACCUUGAUGAUAUCUAGGUCAAGUUUGAAACUGGGUCACGUGCCUUAAAAAACUAGGUCAGUAGGUCAAAUAAUAAAAAAAACCUUGUGACCUCUCUAGAGGCCAUACUUUUCAUGGGAUCUGUAUGAAAGUUGGUCUGAAUGUUCAUCUUGAUGAUAUUUAGGUCAAGUUCGAAACUGGGUCAACUGCUGUCAAAAACUAGGUCAGUGUGUCUAAAAUUAUUAAAAUCUUUUGACCUCUCUAGAGGCCAUAUUUUUCAAUGGAUCUUCAUGAAAAUUGAUCUGAAUGUUCACCUUGAUGAUAUCUAGGUCAGUUUCGAAACUGGGUCACGUGCGGUCAAAAUAUAGGCCAGUAGGUAUAAAAAUAGAAAAACCUUGUGACCUCUCUAGAGGCCAUAUUUUUCAUGAGAUCUUCUUGAAAAUUAGUGAGAAUGUUCACCUUGAUGAUAUCUAGAUAAAGUUCAAAACAGGGUCACGUACCUUCGAAAACUAGGUCAAUAGGUCAAAUAAUAGAAAAACCUUGUGACCUCUCUAGAGACCAUAUUUUUCAAUGGAUCUUUAUGAAAAUUGGUCAGAAUUUUUAUCUUGAUAAUAUCUAGGUCAGGGUCAAAACUGGGUCACAUGAGCUCAAAAACUAGGUCACUAUGUCAAAUAAUAGAAAAAACGUCAUACUCAAAACUGGGUCAUAUGGGAAGAGGUGAGCGAUUCAGGACCAACAUGGUCCUCUUGUUUAAAGAAAAUAUGGUGCUAGUCAAAUUCUUUACGGAGAAAUACACAUACCAGAUAACAUUUUACAUUGACUCGGACAUUGAAUGUUUAGUUAAAUUUUAUUUAACUUUCAUUAAGUGGACAUAAAUGAUAAUAUCACAUUUUGUGUUAAUACAAAACUUUAAUUUAACAUAUUAAUAUGUUUUAAUGAAGUACAGAAAGAGAAAAUUUCUGUAUCUUCCGAAUAGUUCUAGUCAUGUUACAGUGUGAGAGACUGCUUGUAUGUGUAUAAUAUUCAAGAUACAAAUAUGCUACAUACUCUCGCCUAUAUAACAUUAACAGGGGUCUACGGGGCAAAGUGGUUCAGGUUGCUGACUUCUAAUCACUUGCCCUUCACUAAUGUGGGCUCGAGCCUCCCUCAGGGCAUUGAAUUCUUCAUGUGGGGAAGCCAUUCAGCUGGCUUACUUAAGGCUGAUAGAUCUACCCAGGUGCUCUCCCCCCUCUCCCCAUGAUGAAAUGAUGCAUGGAGGGGCGCCUGGGGUCUUCCUCCACCAUCAAAGCUGGAAAGUCGCCAUAUGACCUAUAAAUAUGUCAGUGCGACGUUAAACCCAACAAAAAUAUAUAUAUAUCAUUAACAGAGUCCAGGGUGGAGAAUUGGUUCCAGGAACUUACAUGUAGACUGGACAAUGUCAUAAUGUUUAUGUGAUAGAGAAAAUGCAACAUUCCUUGACAUUAAUGCCAUGACUAAGUGAGGGAAAACACGACAUGCAUGAUAAUACAAUUCGUUUCAUUCCCCGUCUUCAUUGUUGAAUCAUCAGAAUACAAACUUGAUAAAAUAGUCCCCUAAUAUUUACAAAAGGAAAGUAUUUUUAUGUUGUUUUUUAUUAUUUGAUAUACAUGUGUUAUGUGCCAUAUGACUGGCAUCUACAAUAUUCAGAGAAUAGUUUUAUAAUAAACAAAAUAUUCAAACUUG